UUGUGAACUUCUAUUCGGGUUGCCUGACUGAUUUAACUCAAAUCUUGAGAUUUUCUCCGGGAAGUGUAUGCCUUGAACGCACUUCUAAUGACAGUUGCCAUUAGGAGUGCGUUCAAUGCAGAUUCAGCCCAGAGUUGCUGGCCAUUAUUGUCAUUUUUCACUAAAAAUAUAAUUACAUUUUUAAUGGUUUCCAAUCCUGGAUAGAAAAAAAUGUUACCUUUCGUGGUUGCAUUCGUUUAGUGCCGUGUACCGACAGUCAAACGAGAAGAAAGUACAACAAUUUAGUGCAAAUAAGCGAAAUUUCUUGGCGCAGCAGCGAAUUGAAGCAAAUUUUCCUACCUACUGCUUCGAGCUUCUUCCAAAACACAUUAGUGUUUUUUUUACGGCUUGAUACGGCCCUAAGGAUCCUGCGGAGGUGAAAAAUGUCGACUGGCCUGGUGGACAAAUCGUUUGCCAGCAACGACGAGCUGUUCUACCUGAAAUGGAACAAUUUUCAAAAGAACGUCAGCACCCAGUUUGAAAAACUCCGGGAGGAAGAUGAUCUUGUUGAUAUUACGUUUGCAUGUGAAGGUAAAAAAUUGACCGCACACAAACUGGUGCUGUUUGCUUGCAGUCCCUUUUUCAAGGAUUUGCUAAAGAAAAAUCCAUCGCCCCAUCCGGUGUUCUUCAUGAACGAUGUCAAAUACGAUGUGCUGAAGGCAAUUUUGGAGUAUAUGUAUUUGGGCGAAGUGCACAUCACCAAUGAAAAUUUGAAGGAUUUCAUCAAAACAGCCGAAGGGCUCCAGAUUCGUGGGCUAAGCAAGGAAAAUAAUGCUUUGUCCAACACACAGGGUGACAUUGUGAUGCCAACAUCGAACCAGAUUCCGCUGCGAAAGGAUGAUAAGCAGGAUGUCGAGAAUGUGCACCUGCUGGAUGAGUUUUGUCGCAAACGUCCCGAACCGGCCGAUCUCAAUCAUGCUUUGAUUAAGCGUGUGAAAACAGUUGACUCUCACGUAUCGGCAGUCGGUGGACAAGACAACGCUAAUGUGGAACCCAAAGUCGAAAUGGUCGAAUACUUGGAUGCCGAUGGAGCAAAUCAUCCGUCACCGACGUACUGCAGUAUGGACAACUUUACUGAAAAAAGUGGUUCUCGGAAUAAUUUAGCCCAUAUGAGUCAACUGAAUGCAGCUGGAUUCACACAAACCACGACUCAAGCUAGUAGUUCGGGGCAUCAGCAACAACAGCAACAGCAGCAAUCACAGCAACAACAACAUGUGCAACAGCAUGAGUACAAAUCGGAAGAAGACAGCAGCUGGAUGGAUAAAUCAUUGGACAACAUUUCAGUGAACUCCGAGCAGCAAAGUGGUAAAUACAAAACUGGAAAGUCCAGCGGAAGUCGAUCAAGUCGUUCUAAUGACGACAAAACUAACUGCUUGACCCCGCGAUGCUGUCCGGUAUGUUCUCGCCUCUACUCUAACGUGUCCAAUUUGAGACAACACAUGCGCUUGAUCCACAACCCGACUGCUGUCUGUUGCCCGAUCUGCCAGAAACACUUCAACUCUGAACUUUACCUGAAGCGACACUACUCCUCUAUCCAUUCGAUCAAUCCGAACAGCCAGGGUGAGGGAGAUCUAGUAGAUCAGAAGCCCCCAUCGGCACAACUGACCACUCAACAGCAACAACCUCCGCAACAGCAACAACAACAACAGACCCCACAGCAAACUCAACAACAGCAACAGCAGCAACAACAGCAGCAGCAGCAAGCAUCAGCACAACAAGCGGCUGCCCCGCCAGCUACCAACACCUGGAACCCAUAUCAUCAUCAUGACACUACGCAGCUUGUGAAUCCCUUCAUUAAAUAAUCACUGGUAGUAACCGGUAGCAGUCGGUCACAGCUACAAUUGCAAUCACCACAACAACAACAACAACAACAACUGCAACAGCAACAGCAUCUUUCCCAGUUGGUCACUAUUUGUUCGAUUGGUGUCCGACCUUGUAGCAGUUGGUCGGAAAAUUAGUUCGGUUGUCGUUAGUCCACUUCGUUAUCCCUUCGUUUUAGAAUUGUUUGUUCAGUUUUCAUCAUUUUCUGUCUUCGAGGGCAUUCUGCUGUGGUGAAAAAACUCUCUAUGGCUGUUGUGAUAAUAGCGGACGAAAGUUCGCUUGAAAAAACAUUCUUCGAAACUGAUUCACAGUUAUUAGCAGUGUGCAAAAUGAUACAGAUGCUACGGAUGUUACACUAACUGAUAUCUGAAUCCUACGGUUCUCCCAGCACACGAUAAGUCCGCCGCCUGAAUUGAAUAAACUUUGCCGGAUAGGCAUGUUGACCCACUGACAAAUCUGGCUAGAUUUUGUUAAGUACUGAAAUAGUAUUGGCAGUAUUGUGUUAUUCCCAUACCGGCCAUGCUCUGAAAAUUCAUCUUACCUCAAUUUUUCUGCUUUGCUUCAUUUGAUUUUCUUCAUAGUUGCUUUUUUUUUGUUACAAGAUAUUUCGGAAAGAAUUCUGAAAUAUGUGUUCCUCUGUAUGGGAUUUGCUAUCAUAUGUACAAUUUUUAGUAGUAGUUUGGUAGAUAUAAAAAAGCGAAUCGAAAGGUGAAGAUGAUCACGUUUUGGGCAGAUUGCACAUUCUAUCAUUCUACUUUUUAGUGUGAAAGUAGUGCAAUCGCCUUUCAUAUGAAAAAUGAAACUAUUUUUGAUAAGAAUACGGAAAGUUGUAAACGAACAAAAUAUCUGCCAUGUUGCUAAAAUAACAUCGUUUAUAACCGCUUUGCGAAUUUUUCUGUCGAAUUACCGUUAACAGAAUGAAAAAAAAAUGAUAACUUGUUACUAUGGAUCGUAGCGGUAGGUGGAAUUAAUUUUAUUGAUUCAUGACAUAGGUUUACUGUGAUCUAAAUUCAAACUGUUGAUAGCUUGCUAUGAUUCAGUUUCGGUAUCUCAACAAUCAUGAUGCCGACCGUCUAGGAAGCUUGGCACCAGUGGACAUUUUCCGUCACAGUCGAGUUUCCGUUAUCAAAGCUGUGCCGCCAUAUCUGAGCCGUCGUUGAUCGAUACUCCCAUUGGUAAUCACCGACAAAUGAUUAUGCCAUCAGGCGCAGAUUGCAGAACAGAACCUUGUAGGCAGUAAUAUGGAAUGCCAUCGUCUCGAUGUUUUUUUUGCGUAGGACUACGUUCAUUCAAAAUUCGGAGAGUAAAACAGGUGUCGAUCGUCUACUGCUGGACCAACUUCAAACAGAUUUACGAGAUGAUUUCAUCUACUGAUGGGAAAUAUUCGUCCCUAUUCUGUAUUUCGAUCGAAUCGGAUUACCAAGCUUCGGUUUCAGUGGAGAGAACCAAAUAUUCUAGAUAACAAGUGGUCAAAACUUUAAUCAAUCAUCUAAUUUCCCUGUUUUUCGCGACUUUCCAUAACAGAGAAGACAAUUUCGCAUACAGUUUACUUUACAUUUCGCAUAGCAUGUAGAGUAAAUUGAUACGUGCAAAAAGAUCUGUAAUUCUUGAUACAAUGAGAUUAAAAAGCCAAUUAAUGAUUGCUUUGGAUUACUUCAAUUCAUACUUUAAAGUUGCAUAGUGAAAACGGACAAAGAAUCGGUGCAUUUUUAUCCAUUUUGCCUUGACAGUAUUUUUACGGAUGGUCGAAAUUCUGGGUAAAUUAACUUGUUCAAUCAAUCUUGUAGGCAGCCAUUACCAGCUUUGCCUGUAAGCUUGCGGAUGAAGGGCAAUCCACGCUUCUUGGUGUGUCUAGGAUGAGACGAACGAAACCUGUAUUUUAGACCACAACUGCAAAUCGCUUGCCAAAUCAGGGCGUUGUCGGCAAACACGAAUUUGAAUGUUCCCGGCACAUCCCUACGUAGGUUCGCGAGGUGAGCCUAAUUUUGACUGGAAAGCUGCUUAAAAUCGAGUUUUACGUAUGCUUUGACAUCGAGCAAGCAGCUCUUGUGUUUCGUCAGAACACGGUCGUAUAACAAUAUUGCACACUUUUUGGCCACGACAUUCUGGUUCAUGUGCCGGUUGGAAUAUUUACUGGUUAUGUAUGACUUGUAUCCUUGUGCCUUCUGGCCUCAACUUGGAUCGAUAGAUCGGGAUUGGCUUUAAUGCAUCUCAACACCUUGCUACGCAGCAGACCCAUCCAAUUUCUGGUUCCAGUUUUGCCUCUUUCUCAUAUAGAAAGGCUAUGCAAACACUGUGAAACCCCUUUGACCUUCGAAUUUGACCUUCGGUUCCGGAAUUACAGGAUGGUGAGUGAAGAAACUGCCAAUUCCAAAAUUUGCCUUCUUUGAAGAAUAUGUAAAGAUGAUCUAUUUUUUCUCAAAAAAUAGAGUAAUUCUUCUAGUUUAGUUUUGAAGACCACACAAACUUACGGUUCUCGGAAUUCGGUUCCGGAAGUACCGAAAAUUGUGGCCAAAAACUUCAAAACAGGACUCACACUUUUCUCCAAGAUGGCGCAACCGAUUUUGACGAAAAAAUUCUUUUUAAAAUUUAGUUUCAACGUUGUUGAACUGAAAAUUGAGUCAGUUUCGAACCUGGUUUUUAUAUCAGGUUUGCUCAAACACUCGUUUCUAAGUGCGAAAUCAAAACAGUUUCGUGAAAAGUGUUUGAUGAAACUACCCUGGAUCAGUUUCAGUUUUCUCAAGCGAAAACGACAUUACAAAGCUCGGUACAAACGCAUCAAUUGUCGUUGGUAGACGUCUUCAGUGAUGCUUUCACGGUGUGGCAGUAGCUCAUAAAACACAACACCCAGCCUAGUCUCACCAUUUUGAAUAACAAUUCGAUGCAAGAAACCUUUUCUUUUGUGCCAUUGGAAUAGUGAAAAAAUGCGAAGAAACAGCGUUCGGCGUCCCCUUGCUUUAAUUCAUACGGCACCCGAUUGUCUACCUUUCGGAUCAUUUCCACUGCUUGUCUUAAGGGAAGUUUUUUAUCAUAAUUUUAUACCCGGAAGCUACCACUUUUUUUUGUGAAAAUGAUUUUACUUUUUAUUCACAAAUCCAAGCAACAAAAAGUGACCAUCUGAAGAGUACAUAUAAGAACCCCCAUAUCCUCCGCAAAAGAUAAACCCAGUGAGCCAGACAGGCUACCGAAGUGCAGUGUAGUAGUGUGAGGUUGUUCCUUUCCCCUUAAUUAUUCAAAUGAUGUGUAAUUUUGUACAAACAUUCAAGCUAAUACUAAUACUAUAAAAAAUAACUACGCAGGUGUUAAGCGCGUUGUAGUUUCCUAAAUGCAAUCGUCCAGAGCAAAACCCACGAGACGGUUAAUAACUAAACAAUUAUCUAAUAUGGGACUUAGACUAAUUAACUCUUUUCCGCUUCGGAUUGGCAUACUAUACAAAAUUAAUCUUACAGUGAAAAUCAAAUGUUUAUAGUGCAACUUAAAAUGUACUUAGAAUUAGUGAACGCAGUGCAAGUGAAGAAGAAAUUGUUCCCCAAGUUGUGCCCCAGCUCGCCGAAGACAUGUACAAAACGUUAGGGCAUUUUGUUUCUUUUUAAGCUAGAUUCUGAAGGCGUUGGAAACCACUAUUCGUUUAAUGACAAAUUAGUUUACGCGGUCAGUUUAAACCAGAUUGUAAGGUAUGUAAGAUUAUCAAUUGAAAGGAUUACUAAGAUACAGAUAUAUAGAUUGACUUGCAAGAUGAAAGCAAGUGUAUAGAGUUUAAGGAUAUAGAAAUCUGAUGCUGCUGCAGCUCGCGAGUCGUAGCAGCAUUGACACUAUUUGCAUGUAAAUACAAUUUUCAAAGUGGCAUGAUCGAAGCAGUAAAUAAUAAAGUGA